AUGGGCUGCUGUGUGUCGAAGAAGCAUCAGCCGCCGCGGCCGGCGGAGAAGGAUCAGUGGCAGCAGCAGCAGCAGCAGCAGCAGCACCGUCGCUCCUCAUCCGUUAACGGCGCCUCCGCCGCCGGAUUCGCGGAGUUCUCGCUGGCGGAGCUGAGGGCCGCCACCAGCAACUUCAGCUCCGACAACAUCGUGUCGGAGAGCGGUGAAAAAGCUCCCAAUGUCGUCUACGAGGGUCGUCUGGAGAACCAGCGGUGGAUCGCCGUCAAGAAAUUUACCAAGAUGGCGUGGCCUGAUCCUAAACAGUUUGCUGAAGAGGCAAAGGAAGUGGGGAAGCUGAGGCACAAGCGGCUGGCUAAUCUGAUAGGGUAUUGUUGUGAUGGGGAUGAGAGGCUACUUGUUGCUGAGUUUAUGCCUAAUGAGACACUGGCUAAGCAUUUAUUUCACUGGGAGAAUCAAACCCCUGAGUGGGCUAUGCGACUAAGAGUUGCCUUAUAUAUAGCUGAAGCACUUGACUAUUGCAGCAGGGAAGGUCGUCCGCUCUACCAUGACUUGAAUGCAUAUAGGGUUCUAUUUGAUGAGAAUGGUGAUCCACGGCUUUCUUGUUUUGGGUUGAUGAAGAAUAGCAGGGAUGGCAAGAGUUAUAGCACAAAUCUUGCAUAUACGCCUCCCGAGUAUCUUAGAAAUGGGAGAGUCACACAGGAAAGUGUUGUUUUCAGCUUCGGAACUGUCCUUUUGGAUCUGCUUAGUGGAAAGCAUAUUCCUCCAAGUCAUGCGCUGGACAUGAUUCGGGGCAAAAAUAUUCUCCUUUUAAUGGAUUCCCAUUUGGAGGGCAAUUUCUCUACCGAAGAGGCUACAGUAGUUUUCGAUCUUGCCUCACAGUGUUUGCAGUAUGAACCAAGGGAACGGCCAAAGACUGCUGAUCUUGUUUCGACCCUUGCGCCGCUUCAAAAUAAAAAUGAUGUUCCAUCUCAUGUGAUGCUGGGAAUUUCAAAGCGGGAAGAAGCACCGCCACCCCCGACACCUCAUCCGCUCUCCCCAAUGGGCGAUGCGUGUUCGCGUAUGGAUCUCACUGCUAUCCAUCAAUUUCUAGUCAUGCAACACUAUAAAGAUGACGAGGGAACCAAUGAGUUAUCUUUCCAAGAAUGGACUCAGCAGAUGAGAGAUAUGUUGGACGCAAGGAAGAGAGGUGACUUGGCAUUUCGCGACAAAGAUUUCAAAACUGCCAUCGACUGCUACUCUCAGUUCAUAGACGUGGGGACUAUGAUAUCACCGACUGUCCAUGCCCGGCGGAGCCUCUGCUAUCUGAUGUGCGACCAGCCAGACGCUGCCCUGCGUGAUGCCAUGCAGGCACAAUGCAUCUAUGCGGAUUGGUCCACUGCCUUCUACAUGCAGGCUGUGGCUCUUGCCAAGCUCGACAUGCACAAAGACGCGGCUGACAUGCUCAAUGAGGCUGCCAUGCUCGAAGAAAAGAAGAAUCGAGCCACCAAGGGGACGUGA